AUGGUCAUCUCAAAUAAAACUGUGAAGGACCUCGGCGUUACUCUGGACCCUGAUCUCUCUUUUGAAGAACAUAUCAAGACCAUUUCAAGGACAGCUUUUUUCCAUCUACGUAACAUUGCAAAAAUCAGAAACUUUCUGUCCAAAAAUGAUGCAGAAAAAUUAAUCCAUGCUUUUGUCACUUCUAGGUUAGACUACUGCAAUGCUCUACUUUCCGGCUACCCGGAUAAAGCACUAAAUAAACUUCAGUUAGUGCUAAAUACGGCUGCUAGAAUCCUGACUAGAACCAAAAAAUUUGAUCAUAUUACUCCAGUGCUAGCCUCCCUACACUGGCUUCCUGUCAAAGCAAGGGCUGAUUUCAAGGUUUUACUGCUAACCUACAAAGCAUUGCAUGGGCUUGCUCCUACCUAUCUCUCUGAUUUGGUCCUGCCGUACAUACCUACACGUACGCUACGGUCACAAGACGCAGGCCUCCUAAUUGUCCCUAGAAUUUCUAAGCAAACAGCUGGAGGCAGGGCUUUCUCCUAUAGAGCUCCAUUUUUAUGGAACGGUCUGCCUACCCAUGUCAGAGACGCAAACUCGGUCUCAACCUUUAAGUCUUUACUGAAGACUCAUCUCUUCAGUGGGUCAUAUGAUUGAGUGUAGUCUGGCCCAGGAGUGGGAAGGUGAACGGAAAGGCUCUGGAGCAACGAACCACCCUUGCUGUCUCUGCCUGGCCGGUUCCCCUCUUUCCACUGGGAUUCUCUGCCUCUAACCCUAUUACAGGGGCUGAGUCACUGGCUUGCUGGG